AUGAGAGUCAUCAGCAUUUUACCAUUCCUCUUGGUUCUUGUGUCUGGUUCAAUUGAAAAUUAUGAACAUCCAAUUGAUAUCAUUCAUAAUGCAGUCAAUGAAUUACAUAGUCUUGAUGCAGCUACUGAUCUUAAUGAAUGUAUCACAUGUAAGACUAGAUUACAGAUUGGAAAAUUCUUAGCAUUAACUCGUCCUGAUUUAGUCCCGCAAAUUUUUACCAUUUGGUGUCUUGAGGCGGGAAAUGAUGAGACUCAAUGUCAUAUGAAUUAUGGAUAUCCAUCAUUAGAAUAUUCAUCGAUUGGAAAUGAUUUCACUAAAGUGGUUCUGUUGAUGGAUCCAGAAGGAUUAGAUGGUGAUUUAUUCUGUUAUUACCAUGAUGAUAAAUGUCAUAUAUUACCAGAGACUCCUGAAUUGGAUUUAUCAAACUUAUGGCCUCCUAAACCCAAAGUAUAUGAAGCUCCUCAAAAUAGCGGUGAAACCUUUAAUGUAUUACACAUUAGUGAUAUUAAUCUUCAAUUGAAUUAUAAGUUAUUGACUGAAGCAAAUUGUUCUCAAAGUGUAUGCUGUUCAGAACAUAGUUAUAAUUAUUUUAAACCACCAGAAUCUUAUGAUUAUUCUCCUAUUCAUAAUCCAUCCAAUGGAUUAUCAUUUUAUGACAGUUCAUACACUCAUGGGCAUUUUGAAAAGGGUCAGUAUGUAGAUUUAUACUCAAAUGAGAACAGUGUUUGGUCUCCAUGUCAUGAAUUUGGAAGUUAUACUUGUGAAACCCCUUUGUUGUUAUUAAAUAAUACUCUUCAUACAAUAAGAAAUUUUCAUCAAAACCAUUUACAAUUUGAAAUGGCCAUUUUCACUGGUGGGACAGUUGAACAUCAAGAUAGAAUAUUCAUUGAUAAGCAUCAUAUUUUAAAAACUCAAGAAGUUGUGUAUAAAUUAUUAAAAACUUAUUUACCAUCGAUUCCAAUUAUUGGAACUUUUGGUAUUCGAGACACGUUCCCAAUAAAUCAAUUACCACCUAAAAACUUGAUAGAAAAUUCAGUAUCAUACCAAUGGGAAUUCGACUUCUUGGCUGAUUUAUGGUUAGAGUUGGAUUGGAUAGACCUCGAUGCCUCUAAGCAAAUAAGAUAUUCGCAUACUGGGUUUUCCAUAAUAACUUCAAGAGGGUUAAAAAUUAUCUCACUAAACUCUAAUGUUUGGAACGAUAAAAAUUUGUACAAUUUCUGGAAUGUCCAUUCUAUUGACAAAUUUGGCAUUUGGAAAUUUUUAAUUGACGAAUUAUUGGAAAGUGAAGUAAAUGAACAAAGAGUAUGGAUUAUAAGUCAUUUACCUCCGAGCUCUCGAUCUUUACCCUUACCAGCUAAAGUUUUAACUUUAAUAAUUGGAAGAUUCUCUCCAAAAGUUAUAGCUGCUAUUUUCUUCGGAAGCAACUUAAAAGAUUCAUUUAAUUUAAUUUACGGUGGUGAUGGUUGCGAUUCAAAAGAAUUAGAAAAGGCUAUUAAUUUUGCAUUAAUAGGUCCUUCUAUAAGUCCUUACUCGGGAGUUAACCCAGCUUGGAGAUAUUACGCCAUAGAUGAAAAAUCUUUCAAUAUUGUCAAUUCUUUUACUUAUAACAUUGAGUUAAAUGAAACAUUCAUUAAUGGUGGAGCCGAACCAAGUUGGCAGUUUGAAUAUUCUGCUAGAGAAUUAUAUGACCCAGAAGGAUUAUGGCCUAUGGAAAGAUCAUUAGAUACUGAAUGGUGGUAUCAUGCAACUGAGAAAAUUAGAGAUAUGCCCAAUAUGAGCGAAUUAUAUUCUCGUUUGGCUUACAGAAGUUCACCAUUCACCCCCUUAGGUGAUGAUUUAGUUGACAAUGAUAACUACUGCAUUGUAACUAGUUUUACUGUUGAGGCAAGAAAGCAAUGUAUGAUGACAGAAGAUCAAGAUAAUUAUAUUGCUCCAGCUGAGCCAAUUGAUUACUUUGCUUACAUAAAGCCAUAUGCUCCAGUUGAAUAUGUUGGAUAUGGAGGUGAAGAAGAGUCAGCUGAACCAGAGAAUAGUGAAAUUCCAAAUGACGAAGUUGCCGAAACAACAGAAGAGGAAGUGAAGCCACAAGUCAAGCCUCAAAAAGUAUUAAGAGGAAACGGGAGGUCAUUGUCUCAAAAAGUACAAGUUUAA